AUGUUAUUGCUUGGUAAAUCAAUUGGAGUUGAACAAAUUGAUAUUGUUGUUGACCAAAAAUUGGGCGCUGAUAGACAUAGUAGUUUAGCAAAUCCAUGCAUUGAAGAUGAGGAUCAAACAAAUUUGCUUCGUAGAUAUUUGCAAUGUGGGUUUAAAUUCAAAUAUUUGAAAAACAAUUCAGAACGAAUUACUGCUGUAUGCUCACAUAGAGAUGAUAGGGGAUGUUUGUGGCUCAGCUCUAAUUUGGUGUCAAAUGUUAUAUCUGAGCGUGUUAGGGACAGACCACUAACGCGCUCCACUGAUGUGGCAUAUACUUUCAAGGGAGACUGUGGACUUGAUAUCAGCUACCAUGUAGCAUGGUUAGGUGUUGAGAAAGCGAGAAAGGCUAUGCAUGUUGAUUACUUAACAUCGUUUGACCAACUGAGAUGGUAUGGUGAUGUUGUUCAGCAUUAUAAUCCUGUAAGUCAUAUCAAUAUUGACUAUGAUUUGAAGACUAGUCAGUUUAAAAGGUUUUUUGUAGCAUUCCCUGCAUGCAUAAAUGGCUUCAAAUAUUGUCGCCUUUUGCUUUUUCAUAAUGGAAUAUUUCUAAAAGGGAGAUACAAAGGGCAGUUGCUUGCAGCGACAGCUAAAGACGGUAACCAAGGAUUGUUUCCAUUAGCCUUUGCAAUUGUUGAUUCAGAGAGUGAAUCGAAUUGGUCAUGGUUUCUAUAUGAACUGUCAAAAGUAAUUACUGCUGAUAGAUGCAUAACAUUUGUAUCUGAUCGUAAUCUAGGGCUUUUGGAAGCAAUGCCAAAGGCAUUCUCAUCAGCAUAUCAUGGAUGGUGUUUACAACACCUAAAGAAUAAUUUUAGGGACAAGUUGAAGGGUAUGGAGAAUGGUUUCAAGGAAUACUUAAUAAGGAAGUUGGGUGAUUGUGCAAAUGAACCUACUGUGACAGGUUUUCAUGCAUUACUAGAAGAGUUGAAGAGUGAGGGGAAGCAAUGCGCAUAUAACUUCUUGUCAGGGUUGGAACCAGAACAUUGGGCAAAUGCUUACUUUAGAGGACAGCAAUAUGGUGAGAUGACAUCCAAUAACAAUUGGAUUAAAGAAGCAUUAAAUCUUUCAAUAACAAAAUUGGUUGAUACUGUCCGGAAUCAAAUAAUGCGGCAAAUGUUAGAGCGAAUGGAUAUUGCAAAUAAGUGGAAUGGAAUUAUUUGUCCUACCUUUGAGACUAAUCUCCAAGAUUCAUUCAAUACUAUUACAGUUGAUAUUGGACACCGUGUUUGUUCUUACUACCAGUGGCAAGUAAAUGGAUUUCCUUGUGAACAUGUUGUUGCGGCUAUCCAAAGGAGUGCAUAUAAUCUUAAUGAUUGUGCUGAAAAAUAUUUUAAUGUAGAGAAUUAUAGGGAAGCAUAUGCAGCGGCUAUUUUUCCAAUACCAUCCAUGGAGAAACCAACUUUUUCCUCUAGUGAUUUUAUCAAAUUACCUCCAAUUGUAAAACGGUCAGCUGGUAGGCUAAGAAAGAGUAGAAUACCAUCUCGAGAGAAAAAGUAA